AUGGGAGCCACAAGGAGGAUACUUGGUAUUGAUAUUCACAGAGACAGAAAGAAGCAUCAGUUAAGACUUGCUCAAAGUCAAUAUCUAAAGUCUGUAAUCAAGAAAUUCAACAUGAUAGAGACCAAAGAUGUAGUUGUUCUAUUGGGAGGUGAAGAUCACUGGAAAGGACUAAAGUGGCUACUGAGGUACUUGAAGGCAACAACACAGUAUGGUUUAGUGUUCAGAAAAACAAGAAUGAAGGCCCAACUUGAAGGUUAUGUAGAUGCAGAUUAUGCAUCUAAUAAAGACACAAGGAAGUCUCUAACAUCUUAUUGUUUUCUUUUAAAUAGUUGUUGCAUUUCAUGGAAGUCUCAGUUGCAACCAAUUGUUGUCUUAUCCACAACUGAAGCAGAAUUCAUAGCCACUACAGAAGCGUUCAAGGAAGCAAUAUGGCUCAAAUGA